GCGUGGGCCGCUGCGCGCACCUGACCUGCCUCCGCCAGGCUGGCCGCGGGGCAUGCAGCUGGCGGGGGGCGGGGCUCCGAGGCCGGGUCGCGGUGACGGGUUCCCGGGCCGCCUACGCCAGCGGGACCCCGCCGUCCGCCUGAUGCUGCUUGCGGACGCCGACCGGCCGGAGCCCAUGCGCAGCGGGGCUCGCGAGCUUGCGCUCUUCCUGACCCCCGAGCCGGGGGCCGAGGCGAAGGAGGUGGAGGAGACCAUCGAGGGGAUGCUCCUGCGGCUGGAGGAGUUCUGCAGCCUGGCCGACAUGAUCAGGAGCGACACUUCGCAGAUCUUGGAGGAAAACAUCCCUCUCCUUAAGGCCAAGGUGACGGAAAUGCGUGGCAUCUACGCCCGAGUGGACCAGCUGGAGGUGUGUCCAGAAAAAGGAGCUUUCUCUGCCUUCGUCAAGAUGGUGGGACACCACGUCUCCUUCCUGGAAGACCAUGUGCUCCGGGCCGAGCGGAGCCACGGAGCCUUCUCACAGGCCCUGCGGAGGUGGGGGUGGCUGGGCUCCAGAGGGCUCCCCUCCUUCAGGAGCAACCUGCCUGGGCCGGCGUCCCCGGUGUUUGAGCUGCCCGCCUUGUACAGGACUGAGGACUACUUUCCUGCGGCCGCCGGGCCCCAGCCCCCCAGCUGCCGUCCCCGCCUGUGAGCGGGCGGCCCUGCCAUCCGGACGCUGGGCAGUGACCCUCUGCGUGUGGGCGGCUCCCGUUUCUUCUUCUGUUUUUGUUGUCGUUGAUUUGUUUGCUGAAUUUCCCCCCUGGCUUCACGGGAGACCGACCGAGGGGUUGGAGACGCAGCUGGCACCUGCGGGGCGAUGCCUCCGGGAGGAGCUGCCGAGGGCAUUUCCCGCCGGGGCUGGCGGUCCGGUGUGACGAGCCGCCGUGCCCGAGGGACGGCGGGGACUUGCUCCCGGAAGGUUUGGCGGGAACAUGCGGGACUCACGGGUGCCACAGGGCUGUGGUUGAUGCCCCUCGCUGUGGGCUGGUUGGUCUGCGAACCCGUGCCCCCUGGCAUGUGAGUCGUGUCAAUAAAGGUGUCAAGAGGU